AUGAACCAUGCGCCGCGCGCCAGUCAACUCUCGGGCUCGACAGCCUUUGCUGGCUCCUCGGCUUCGUUGAGUUCUCUGUCCACGGCUACGACCGCCACACCACAGAACGGCGGCCCCGUGCUAGCCACAGCGAAUAUCAUUAAUCAAAAAGCCGACGCUUCACGAUCGCUUUACCAGAUUUGUAUUUCGCUCAAGCAGCGCUUGGCUCAGGUUCCUGGCUUUGACCCUUAUCUGGAUCAGCUGGACCCUAAUGAUCCUGUUGAUCCUCUAUGGAACCUAUUCCGAAGAGGAUACCCUUUACUACUAAUUUACAAUGCCCUGCGACCUAAUGAAGAGCUCAAGGUCGAGGACCCUAGCGCUAAUGAAGCUAAAAAGUCCAAGAUCGCCAUCUUCAAAUUCGUCCAGGCCUGCAUGAAAGACCUAGAUAUUCCAUCUUCCCAUAGUUUUGUGAUAACUGACUUGAUGGGCAACGAUACCAGCGGCUUUGUAAAGGUGACUCAAGUUGUUAAUUACGUCUUGGAUCGAGCAGAGGAACGCGGAUAUCUCCUUCAACCUUUACCAGAAUCUGGGGAUGGAAACAACGAGCCCACGGGCGGACAGAUGACCUACCGAGACCACAUCAUCCGUGAACUUGUCGACACCGAGCGAAAAUACGUCCAAGAUCUCGAGAACCUGCACGACUUGAAGAAGACGCUCGAUCAACAAGGCGAGAUUCCUGGCGAUACUCUCCAUCAGAUCUUCCUCAACAUCAACGCCAUUCUCGAUUUCCAGCGCCGUUUUUUGAUCCGAGUAGAGACAACAAACUCCAUGUCCGCUGACGCCCAACGAUGGGGGGCUCCCUUCAUUAUGUAUGAGGAUGCGUUCGACAUUUACCAGCCUUUUAUCGCCAACCAGCGUAAGGCGGCUAUGGUUGCGAAUCAGGUUUUCGACAAAAUCCAACGCUCCUCACACCCCGUGGCAGCUGAUUUCAACACCCUGGAUGGUUUCCUGCUGAAGCCCAUGCAGAGACUGGUGAAAUAUCCUCUGUUGCUCAAGGAUUUGAACAAGAAGACCGAGGAUGAGGAGGUCAAGUUGGAUCUGACUAGUGGUUGCGAAGCCGCCGAGCGAGUGCUGAAGAAGGCUAACGAAGCCGUUAACCGCGACUUGCUUGAUGAGGCUCUCGAGGACCUAACAAGCCGAGUUGAGGAUUGGAAGAGCCACAAGGUGGAACAAUUUGGCAAACUUCUCCUGCAUGGCGUGUAUGGUGUGAUCACCGGAAAGACAGAUCAAGAGAAGGAUUACGAAAUCUACCUUUUCGAGUCUAUUCUCCUGUGUUGCAAGGAGAUCUCAUCAAGCAAGAGCAAGGAUAAGAAGGAUAAACUGCGGUCAUCAGGCACCAAGACACGGAACAAGAGCGCCAAGCUUCAGUUGAAGGGCAGGAUCUUCAUGACUAAUGUGACUGAUAUUGUGUCCUUCUCUAAGCCAGGCAACCACAGUGUGCAGAUAUGGUGGAAGGGAGACCCCGGUGUUGAGAACUUUGUCAUCAAGUUCUUGAACGAAGAGACUUUGAGGAAAUGGGUGAUGACUCUGGAGACCCAGAGGAAGCAUAACGUGCCGCGCCAAUCUUCGAACUCAGACUCGCUUUCAACCGACUUUGCCUGGACACGAGAGCAUGGGGCAGGACUGGAGAAUCCAUACCUGCAGGAGGACGACGACGAUGAAGACCUCGGACCAGCAACAGCACCUGCUGGGUACCAUACUGGACCUCCCUCGGGCAUCGUACCUCGAACAGCUUCAACCAGUAACCUUCGUGCUCGAGCCGGAACCGGAGAGAGCUCUGCUUCACUGGCCGGUAUGGUGAGAGCGCCUCCGCCUCGCUUCCCUCUACCAGCGCCUCCCGCACCACUCAGCCUUCAGACAGCAGCAAAUGGUGCCCACUCACCCGGCGCCUGGGCGGGUGAUAGCUACUUCUCUCCUGUCGCCGAGUCACCAGCCUCAUCAAGAACCAGCACAGCCAGUGGAAUGUUUACAACACCUCACUAUGGCCUCCCUAAGAGUGCCACUCCUCAGCCAACUUGGGAGGAUGGUAACGGCAACCGAUACACCGCACCCGCCAUGCCACGUGCCCCCUCUCGCGACGGUCCGUCACCGAACCCUCAUGGACGUAACCCUCGUGGACCUUCACUGCCAGCAAUGGCCUCAAACAACCAGGCGGCUCUCGCUGCUCAACAGAGGAACCGCUCGUACAGCACUCCUGAUAUUAACGGACCAGGAAUGCCACGCACACGACAGCCUAGCCACGGAAACAUUCCAGCAGUCCCUGGCAUCCCUCAACAUCUGCAUCCUGGCCACAACCCCAGUAUUGGCCGAGAACAGACAGGUUCACCUAGAAAUGAACAGCCAACUCGGGCCCAAACAAACAGCCCAGGCGCUCAACGAGAGCGCAUGCACAAGCACACCGGCAGUGUGGGUGGCAGCAUGAACCACUUCCCUUCACAACCAGUUCAUCCACGAUCAAUGACACCCGGUGCUGGAGGAAAUGCUCUUCGUGUUGACGCUGCUGCCGCCAACUCGCGAACAGUGUCCCCAGCUCUUGGUACAGCAACAAUGCCACCUAACUCGAACCCUCUAAGCCCGGAAAUGCCCCUCCCAACACAACUCAAGGUCCGAGUGAACUGUGAGGCAGGAAACUACGUCACCCUGGUCGUGGCUUUCAACAUUACCUAUCAGUCUCUUGUUGAUCGCAUCGAUGCCAAGCUCGCCCGCUUCACUACUAGCAGUAUCAGCAAGGGCCUGCUCAAGCUUCGAUACCGCGACGAAGACGGUGACUUUGUCGCCAUCGAAGGCGAUGAUGAUAUCCAGAUCGCCUUCAUGGAGUGGCGCGAAGGUGUCAGGAACAUGUACUCUGGAGGCGUAGGAGAGAUAGAGCUCUUCUGCGUCGGUGGCACUUCCUAG